AUGUCGUCCAUCAACCCCGCUCUUGAUAUCCCAGAAAUCCUCGCCCACCUAGGCUCCUUCCUCGGACAAAAGGAUACCCGCCUCUGUGUUCUCGUCUCCAAGGCCUGGUACCACGCCUUCCUGCCCGUCCUCUGGGAACACGUCGAGACCGCCAACAACAUCUCGCCACAGGCAAUCGAGAAACACGCCCAUCAUAUCCGCACCCUUUCCCUCGCCGGCACCAACGGACUCGAGGCCGCCCUCCUGUGCUGCACUCGACUUCGAACUCUAGUUCUGUGGCCUGACGCCCUUGAGGAUGAACACGAUGACGACGAUGACUACAGCGAGGGCUACAACUUGUCAGAAGAGAAAGAGGAAGACCAGUUGUUUGGAAGCCAUGCUCUCUCGACUUUGUUCGGGAACGAGUGCUCCUUCAUCUCGUGGACCAAGACGGAAAGACGUAUGGGGCCUCUUUCUUGCAGCGGCAACAGCAUCAACGAUAGUGGUAGCAGUGUCGACAGCAGUGGGAGCGAAAGUGGCUGCGGGUGGGUGCAGGACAUGAGAGGGCAAAAUACAGCGGUAGGGGCGUGGGAGUGGGACAAGGUCAGACGUGACAGUGGUAUUGGAGAAGAAACCGCGACUCAUGCGCUGGACGCAGAGGUUGCCUUGCUUCAAAUUGCUGAAACGGUUCAACCACACACCCACUCCACCAUCCAGCACCAAAAACCUUUGCACAUUCAGCAGCAACACUACAACCACCACCAGCGGCAGGAGAAGGAACAGGAACAGCCUCCCAUUUUUUCUCAGGAGAACCAGAGUCUUCUUGCUAAGCUCAUCCUCCGUAACCCAGGCUUGGUCCAUGUUGAGGUCUAUGUCGAACGUAGGUCCCCCGGAGGCAGCUUUUGGCGAGCUCUGGCAACAACUGAACCAAGGCCACCCUCUCUGCUGACAUCGUCGUCUCCAGCAACCAUCGGUCACUUGAGUCUCGGUACCAUUGUGGCUCCAAAGACGUCUCCUCGACUAUUGACGUUCCAGUCGCUCGUCAACCUCCAUGUCCAUCAACACAUCAAGUCCUUCCUGCAGAUGUGCACCCGACUCGAAUCCCUCAACCUUGAGGGCUGCAGUCUUCGACAGUUGGAUGACGAGUAUUACAAGGGACUUCGAUUCCCUCGAUUGAGGCAUAUCAAGUUUGGUCGGAUCAAAGACUGGAGUCUAUGGAGCCAACUCUUGUUUUUUCGCCAGUGCCACGAGCUCCGGACGCUCAACUGGCGUGUGCCUCGUCUUGGAUUUCCGGUUCAGGGACUAUGUGAUGCCCUGGAGACUGACUGGCCAAAUCUUGUCUCGCUGACAUUACCAGAGUCGAGGUUGAGCGAUGGUGACUUGGCCAAGGUACUUGCUGCCGCACUACCUCUUACAACGUUGUCCAUCCGGAGAAGCGACUUUGGGGAGUCCUCCUUUCAAGCCUUGAAGAGACACUUCAGGACGCUGCGACAGCUGGAUCUGUUUCAAUGCCCUAGUCUUGGCAGCGACAUGACACAGUACAUCCUUGAGAGCUGCCCUCUCCUGGAGAGCUUUGAGGGCAACAAACUCUUGCUUCGGGAUGUGGCUCAGGGCUUGUGCGGCGGCAGACGGAGGGGCUGGUCUUGCCAUGGUCUCCGGGUGUUGGAUGUUCAUCUUGCAGGUCACUCUUCUACCAUGGCGGUCGAUCAUUAUAAGGAUGCAUUUUCGGCUCAAUGGAUGGUGUACUCACAAUUGGCCAAGAUGGACAACCUUGUCAGUCUCUCUAUUGGUGGUAAGAGCGCACAUCCACAUCCACACCCACAUCCACAUGGAGUCGAGCCGGCUGUGGCACCAACAGAGGUAGCGCCUCCUGUCCUACCACUGCAUAACGCAGCAAUACCGGAGGUAGCCACAACGCCAUCAUCCUCUGGACCAGCAUUAUUUGCUCCACGAAGUUAUACCGAGCGGUCAGGACGUCCUUCUGCUCGAACAAGUCGCAGGCGGAUCGACGGUCUCCACCUGAGUCUGGAUGAUGGACUCGGCCAACUGUCGACGCUUAGGAACUUGCAGUUCCUGCGGUUCACGGGUCUGGAGCAGGAGAUGGAAGAAGAUGAUGUCCGCUGGAUGAUUGAGCAGUGGCCAGAGCUGAGAGUACUUCAAGGAAAGCUGCAUUCAAAUGAGCGACGACAGGAUGUGUUGAAGUCUUUGUUGGCAGUUUAUGGGAUCUCUGCUUGGACAAACUACAACCAGCCACCACUCUACCGACCUCAACUGUAG